AUGCCUUCAACACCUUCACUACUAGUGUUGGCCCUAAGCGCACUUGUCAUCCUGGUUCUCCCAGUUCAUGCGAAAACGCCUGAAAACUGUGCUCCAGACCCGUAUACCGAUCCAAGGAACGAUCCGUGCAAUGUGCUCAAGUAUAUUGCAUCCAAUGUCUUGACUGGAAUUGCAUUUGGUCUUUAUCUUAGUGUCGGGCUCUGCCAUAUAUUCAGCACCUUAAAAUGGGGAGCGAAGUGGAUGUCAGCAAUGACUGUUGGCAUAUUCACAUUUGUUAUUGGCCUAGGAUGUCGCUUUGGACUUCAUUCCAACCCGCAAUCGAAAGGCAUUUACAUCGCAGAGGACUUAUUUAUCCUACUCUCGCCAUGUGCUUUCAUUGCUGCGGAUUAUGUUCUGCUCGGUCGGCUAGCAAGACGCCUAGACAAGUCCAAUUACCUUUGGGUAUCUCCACAGAAAGUGACGACAGUAUUUGUCUUGUCAGACGUGUCAACUUUCUUGAUUCAGGCCGCGGGUGGUGCUAUAUCCGUCGUAGCAAAUGAUCAAAAGACCAACGACUUGGGAUCAAAUGUGUUUCUUGCCGGUCUGGUACUUCAACUGGCUUCUUUCUCUGUCUUCACGAUCAUGUUCCUUCGUUUCAUGCAACGUAUCUAUACCAAUGACCCCGAAACGUGGAAUAGAGACGCCACGCAGCAGAAACCAUGGUACCGAGAUUGGAGGACGCUCGCUUUCGCCCUUUUUGUUAGUUGUAUUGGGAUCAUCAUUCGUUCCGUCUUUCGCGUGGUAGAACUAUCACAAGGUUUUACAGGUGCUCUCGCAACAGAUGAAGCAGCCUUUUAUGGCCUGGAUACACUUCCCCUGUUUAUUGCUGUGGCUGUAUAUGUGCCCUUCUGGCCAGGACGCUUUAUACCGAAAGAACCGAUCAAAGACCUGGGCGACGAUGAUCAUUUCGAGAUGGAUACAAUGGCUUGAAUGGUGAUGAACUGGGAAUCUUCUACUUUUAAGGCAUGAAAGAGACCUCUAGUCUCUAGAUGAUUCACACCGCAUGCUGGCCAUGCUAGUCGCUGCUAUUACUUUACCUUCCUUUUCACGUUCUUUGCGCACGACAUAUACAUACGACCGUUAUCUUUG